UUCACCAUAAGUUAGUGUGCUAUCUCAUGAUGGCGUAGUUCUGUGACUAUUGACUGACUAAUGGAAUACUUCUCCCUGGAAAAUGGAUAUUGUCAUGCUUUGUAUAUGGCUGACUUAGACUUGCAUUCUAAUCUCUGCUCGACUUCCAUGCACUUUUUUUCAUGCCCCACAAAUAUCACAGCAAAAUUCCGCGCGGUGCUCCAUCGGGCUAUCCAGACCGGCUUGCGGGAGGGAGCAGACAACAUCCAGAUCAACGAAGCCUUGCAGCUCCAAAUCGGCUGGAUGCACAUCCACGAUCCAACCCGACACGUACCAAGCCAUGCCCUCUUAUUAUUUAUCAGAUACCAGACAAAUUUCCAGCGGAAUAGACGUGUACAGCCUACCACCAAAAGGGUGGUACGGCCCGCUGCAAAGUCUUAGAUAAUAAAAUGCAUGCAAAAGUGGCAACAGUACUGACAUUCUGAGCAUGCUAUCCCUACAAACCAUAUAAGAAA